UCAGUGUGUGUGCUGUGGGCGGAGCCACCGCGCUCCGCCCCGCUAGUCCCCCGCCAGCAGCAGCUCCCCGCCGGCAGAGCCAUGGUCUCGGUCUCGGCGGCCGGCAGCAGCAGCUCAUGUUGUCCGCUCCGAGGGAGACCUUCCCGGGUGUCACCUUCAGCGGAGCGCCGGCGGAGGCCGGGAUGGACCAGGGGGCGUGUCCUAAGGAGCUGGGCUCCUCCAAUCAGCUGCGGCUGCUGCUGCUCUACAUCCUGGUUCCCACCGUCAGCCUGCUGGGGGCGCUGCUGCUGCUGCUGCUGGGCCUGGCCCUGACAGGUAUUUUUGGCGCCGCCCCCCUGGACUCCAGGCCCCUCCUCUCCAACAGCAGCCAUGGUUACCAUGGCAACAGCACAGCGUCCCCCUCCAAGGCCUCGUCCUCGGUGAGGAGCCAGGUGGUUCACGUCGCGUACAGCCAGAGCACACCUGCAGCUCCGCCCGCCUCUCAGGCUCCGCCCACCGGGCUUCCUGAUUGGCUGGCCUCCGUGACAUCACUGAGCACCGCCGGGCCGGCCAGCAGCUCCACCCCGGCGCCAGACGCAGGUCGGUGUCAGCUGGUCCUGGAGCCUCAGUGCCACAUGCUGCCCUACAAUCAGACCUGGCUGUCCUCCUCCGUCGCCGUGGUGAAGAGUUCAGAGGUCGACAUGUUGCUAAGGUUCUUCAGCUACCUCAGCAGACUCUCCUGCUACAGACACAUCCUGCUGUUCGGCUGUUCGCUGGCGCUGCCCGAGUGUCUGGAGGCCGACGGGACCGACAGCAGGAAGGUGGUUCUGCCCUGCUCGUGGUUCUGUGAGGCGGCCAGAGAAGGCUGUGAACCCGUCCUGCAGAUGUUUAACGCCUCCUGGCCCGACUUCCUGCGAUGCUCCCAGUUUAACCAGAACGCCUCGUCACCUCCAUCGCCGUCGCCCGUGGCAACCAGCAGCCUCACGUCUCCUGCCUGUUUCUCACCUCGUCAAGUCAAAGGGAAACCCUCUGUCUGCGGUGGGAAGGACAACUUCCUGUGUGCGACUGGAAUUUGUGUCCCUCAGAAACUGGUGUGCAACGGUUACAACGACUGUGACGACUGGAGCGACGAGACACACUGCGAAUGUCCUGAUGAAGAGUUUCGGUGCAACACGGGCCGCUGCCUGAGUCCGGUUCUGGUCUGUGAUGGUUAUGACGACUGUGGAGAUCUGAGCGACGAACUGAACUGUGUGUGUGACCUGUCCCAGGAGCACCGCUGUGGGGACGGACGCUGCGUCUCCAGGGACUGGAUCUGUGACGGAGACCACGACUGCCUGGACAAAAGUGAUGAGACCAACUGCUCCUGUAGGAGCCAGGGCCUGCUGGAGUGCAGGAACGGUCAGUGCGUUCCCGCGGCUUUCCGCUGCGACGGCGAGGACGACUGCAAGGACGGCAGCGACGAAGAGCACUGCAGCCGGGAGCAGAACCCGUCCAGCUGCCUCCCCAGUCAGCCUGGCUGCAGUUCCUCCUCCUGUCCAGCAUGUGGAGCCGGUCCCGUCGCCUGUGAUCCCCGGAGCAACAACUGCUCGCGCUGUGAGCCCAUCACCCUGGAAUUGUGCAUGAACCUUCCCUACAACCAGACCAGCUUCCCAAACUUCCUGGGCCACCUGUCCCAGAGAGAGAGCUCCGUGUCCUGGGAGUCGUCCCUGUUCCCGGCGCUGGUCCAGACGGGCUGCUACCAGUACCUGAUGUUCUACGCCUGCACCCUGCUGGUCCCUAAGUGCGACCCGCUCAGCCUGCAGAAGGUGCCCCCCUGCAGGUCGCUGUGCCGCAGCGCCAAGGAGAAGUGUGAGUCGGUGCUCGGCAUUGUGGGUCUGCAGUGGCCUGAGGACUCCGACUGCAGCCAGUUCCCAGAGGAUGGAGGAAACUCCACCUGCCUGCUGCCGGAGGACGGAGUCGACGAGUGCUCCCCCAGCCACUUCAAGUGUCGGUCCGGCCGCUGCGUCCUGGCGACCAAGCGCUGCGACGGACACCUGGACUGUGACGACCACAGCGACGAGGACAGCUGCGGCUGCUCUGAGCGCGCUCUGUGGGAGUGUCCCGGCAGCACGCUCUGCAUCAAGCCCACCAUGAUCUGUGACGGCUUCCCAGACUGCCCCCUGCAGGUGGACGAAGCCAACUGCUCCGCCUGCAGGGACAACGAACUGGCCUGUAACAACCACCAGUGUGUCCAUCGGACCCUGUGGUGCGACGGGACCAAGCAUUGCUCUGACAGCUCUGAUGAGUGGAACUGUGUCUCUCUGUCGGAUCGGUCCGGUUCUGUUCUGACCGUGUUUAAGACGGCAGCAGAGUAUCAGGUCUGUGCCGACGAGUGGAACCCGGACCUGAGCAGACUGACCUGCAACCAGCUGGGACUAGGGGCCCCGUCCUCGGUGUCCAUGGUCCCUGACCAGCCUGGAGUACCGGGCCGUCGCCGUUGGUUACACGUCCAUCCAGAGUGGAACCUCAGAAACGGUUCUGCUCUGCAGGCCCGACUGGAGAAGAGAAGCCACGCCUGCCACUCCAGGAGGAGAGUUUCUGUCAGCUGCUCCAGACCAGAGUGUGGUCUGCGUCCGGCGCUGGCCCUCCGUCCUCACAGGAAGAAACGGAUCCUGGGGGGCCGGGUGUCAAGACGCGGGGCGUGGCCCUGGCAGUGCUCGCUGCAGAGCGGUCAGAGCGGACACGUGUGCGGCUGCGUCCUGAUUGGCCGGCGGUGGGCUCUGACCGUGGCUCACUGCUUCGAGGGGAGGGAGAGCGCGGAGCUGUGGAAGGUGGUUCUGGGCCUGACCAACCUGGACCACCCCGGCGCCCACAGCCAGACCCGCGGCGUUCGCUCCAUCGUCGUCCAUCCGCGCUACAACCGGGCCGUGGUGGACUACGACAUCAGCGUGGUGCAGCUGGACUCUGAGGUGGAGGAGACGGCCCACGUCAGGCCGGUGUGUCUGCCGCGGCCGGGUCAGCUGCCGACCCCGGACUCCUACUGCUACAUCACCGGCUGGGGUCACAUGGGCAACCGGAUGCCCUUCAAGCUCCAGGAAGGCGAGGUCCGCAUCAUCUCCAUGGCGCAGUGCCAGUCCUACUUCGACAUGAAGACUAUAACUCCCAGGAUGCUUUGUGCCGGAUAUGAAGCCGGAACCGUGGACUCCUGCAUGGGCGACAGCGGCGGCCCGCUGGUGUGCGAGGAAGACGAGGGUCUCCGCUGGACGCUCUUCGGCCUGACGUCCUGGGGCAGCGUCUGCUUCAGCAAGGUGUUGGGGCCCGGCGUCUACAGCAACGUGACCCACUUCACCGCCUGGAUCCAGCAGCAGAUCUACGUUCACAGCUUCCUGUCCGACUGACCCGGCAGGAAGUGAUGUCACUGCUGGGGUCAGACCCCUUGACUGUGCCUGGAACCACAGAACCAGAACCAGAACCUCUGCAUCCGUCACACUGGACCACAUCACACAUAGAGAUUCAUGUUUCCAUUUCAACCAGAUGGGUCCCAGCAGUAAACGACGGCUGGUCCCACUUCCUUUAUUUUCAAAUUAAGAGCGUUUUCCAACAACAUCCUGAAUGUUUUAUUAAUUAUGUUUGUUGUGUUUAAGCUGCUGAUUCUGAAACAUUUUGUUUCCAGGUUUCAGAAAAAUUUAAGUCAAAACUGAAAUCUUUAUUUUUAUAAAUUUAAAGUCCAGGAUAAACGUCUCUGUGGCGUUUAAAUAUUAAAUCAUUUAAAACAGAAACUCAGAGGAAAAACCUUCAUUUAGACCUUCAGGGUCUUUUAACAGGAACUUUUUAUUUUAAUAGAAAUUUUAUUUUUGUUGAGAUUAAAAAUGAUUUUUCAGAAAAACUUGAUCAGAAACAACUUCCUGUCUCUUCCAACUCGUUCCUGAAAGUUUCUCCAUUUCAGGUUGUUUAUUAAAAUCUGACUAAUUGAAUUAAUGAACAACGUUAAUCAACUUCCCACAAUGCUUCACUCUGUAGGGACGGUGAUCACCGUUAAUAAGAACAUCUGAUAUAAAAAAAUCAACUGAAAUGAAAAAAAAAGUUCUAAUUUAAAAAUCAUUUUGAAAAUCGUGAAUAUUUGAUGAUUUUAAUUAAACAUCUUUACAUAAACACAAUGACUGAUAUUUAAACAGCUAUGAAGAAAUUCUCAACAUUUACAACUUUUCUACAAAAUCAUGUUAAUAUGGUUUAUCUGAAAUAUUCAUUUUAUCAAAUAAUCAAGAGCAAAAAUACAUCCAGACUGUUUAUUAGUAACAGUAGAACAUUAUAGAUAAGGAGAAAUGUAAACAAAUCUAACAAACUAUUAAAUUAGCUAAUUAUUUAAACUUUACAGCUAAAUCAUAUUUUUCUGUAUUUCAUUUAUAAAUAUAUCACCAACAUGAAACCGUUUCUCUGUGAUGUGAAGAACAGAUGUAGCAAACUGACGCCAUCUUCCUGUUUUACAUGAAGGCUAGCUCUGUUAGCGCUAGCUCUGUUGGUGCUAGCUCUGUUAGCAUUAGCUCUGUUGGUGCUAGCUCUGUUAGCGCUAGCUCUGUUAGCACUAGCUGUGAUGGUGUAGCUCUGUUAAAACCAGCAGAUUGAUUUUAAUCAUAAUCAUUAAUUAAGGUUUAAUCUUCUCACAAACAGAAUAAUUGAAUGAAAAUGAACAACAUGUUUUACUUUAUCUGAGAUUGUUAGCAUUUAACUCAACUAGCUUAAUGCUAAUAGUUUGUUUUAGCAGGAAAAAGCGACACAAGCUCAUCUUUACAUUUUCAUUUAAAACAUCUUCAGUCAUAAACACACAGAGGUUAUAACAGUUUAACGCAGCACAAUUUAUUAUUUUGGUACAAAUGAACCCAAAUAAAGGAGAUCAGUGUGUUUAUCUGACUGACACUAUGAUUCAUAACGGUUAAAAUCAUUUUUAGUUACAAAAUUGAUGAAGGAAAGUUUUCUGUUUGUUCUGGUAAAUAUUCAUCGUUUUGCUGAAUCCAUGUUUUAGUUUCCAGACUUAAAGUUCUGGGUUCUGGACUCAACUGGAUGUUGUGAAUGUUAACGACACUCAGAACAUCCAGAACAUCCAGAACAUCCAGAACAUUCCUCCACUGUUUGGGUUUCUAUCAGUGUUUGCUACAGAUUUUGUACGUUGCGCUUCUCACAAGACGGUGUGUGAGGGUGUGUGUGUGUGUGUGUGUGUGUGUGUGUGUGCGUGUGUGUGUGUGUGUGUGUGUGUGUGUGUGUGUGUGUGUGUGUGUGUGAGGUCACCCAGUCACGCGUUCAGGUCGUGUUUUGCGUCUUGUUUCAGCCCUGAUCAGUUUGUUGCCAUGACGACCAGGUAGCGUCUGAAAGGCUUGUUGAUCUGCUGCCUCUGGUGUUUUGGUGAUUAUUUGUUUGUAUUUUCUGUUUGUGGCUCUAAUAAAUGAUCCCACAGUCAGUGGGUUUGAUUCAC